GCUUCACAAAUCCUUAUUUCACAUGGGGCAGCCCGGAGUUAUCAUCCAUUUGCGUAAAUGCUGGAUUCAAGUGCUGAGUGGCGGUUAACAUUCUCUGGCGAUAGAGCAAAUACAAGAUAACAACUGCUACACCGGGUGUAUUGGCUUCCGACUUCUGUGUCAUAUUGUCGUCGUCGGAUAUCAGAAUGAAUCAGAAAACCUAACUUUUACACAGUUAUUCAUCAGUGCGCUGUAUUUUUCUCUUUUCCAUACGGAUACGAACGGGGGGGAUGAAGAACUGAAAUCUAAGCCAAAAGUACUUUGUACCAACAUGUCGAAACCAAUGGAUCACGUAAAGCGCCCGAUGAAUGCUUUCAUGGUUUGGUCCAGGGCUCAGCGGAGAAAAAUGGCUCAGGAAAACCCUAAAAUGCACAACUCUGAGAUCAGCAAGAGAUUGGGAGCGGAGUGGAAACUUCUCACCGAGUCAGAGAAAAGGCCAUUCAUUGACGAAGCUAAACGACUGAGGGCCAUGCACAUGAAGGAACACCCAGACUAUAAAUACAGACCUAGGCGGAAGCCAAAGACUCUAAUGAAAAAAGACAAGUUUGCUUUCCCAGUGCCCUACAACCUUGGAGAGCACGACGCGCUCAAAGUUAGCGGUCUAUCUAGUGGAACACUUUCCGAGUCCCUUUUAGGAAACCCCGACAAGGCUGCAGCAGCAGCCGCAGCCGCAGCUGCCAGGGUAUUCUUCAACCCGUCCAUGUCCACGAACCCCUAUUCAUUUUUUGACCUCGGGUCGAAGAUGGCAGAGCUUUCCCAACCAUCGUUUUCGUACGCCUCUCCGUUGGGGUACCACAGUGGCACAGCAUUCACUGGAACUGGCGGUGGAGCUCACACUCACUCACAUCCAUCUCCGGGCAACCCUGGCUACAUGAUCCCCUGUAACUGUGCAGGCUGGCCCUCAGCGGGGCUCCAGCCACCGUUAGCCUAUAUCCUGCUUCCAGGAAUGGGCAAGCCACAACUAGAACCGUACCCCGCAUAUGCCGCGGCAUUAUGAUAAUAUGGACCUAGAAGUUGUUUAAAUGUGAAAAAAAAUAUUCAUGCAAGAAUUUAUUAUGCAUGCACAAAUUUGUACAUGUGAUGAAGUGCUCGUCGUCUCAGAUAUCACAUGUGUAUGUAUAUUGAUUAAUGCCUUUAUCUAAGGUAGCUUAUUAUGCUUAUUUAGAGAACUCUCUAAAAUACAAUUCAGCUAUCACCUGGCAGAGGAAAGGAACAAACGGAUGGCAUAAUACAGAAACCGGAGAGGAAAGGGUAGGAGACCAGUUUACCCUUGUCAAUGUGAAUACUCAUUUGAAAGGUACCAUAUUUGAUUUCUAUCUGUUGCAGUUGCACUUGCUUCCGACCCUUUGGAAUCAAGUGGGUGGGUAGGUGACAGCGUCCAAUGAGACCAAUGAUGACCACUUUUUUAAUUUGUUGACUAUUUCUUCUGGUAAUUCAGUAAUAUUUAGGAACUUUAAUCACACACUGAUGGGUUUACAAAUGUAUCAUGCACCUGCUACCUGUAUCAUCUUCAAAACAAAAUCAGAAUUACUGUAAAUGUGUACAGAUAAAUGAUACUAGUUGAUUUUUCAUUAGACUAGUUUUUGAGAUAGGCCCUGGAACAGGCAUGGUUGUUUGACUAGAAAUCCGGUGUAUAUUUUAAGUUUUUAAACACUGUUUUAUGGAUGUCUGUAAUAUUUAUUGUUUGGUGGAAGCAUAUGGUGACCCAAGCGAUUUACCAGAGGACGUUGUCCUGUAACAUUUGCACAGGAAAUAUGAAGUGCUUAUAUGAUGUAAUUUAUUGAAGGAGAAACUCUGCCAAGUAUCCCCAAAGUUUUGAAUCGACUACAAAACGUCGAUCUUUCUUUCAACUAUCACUGACAAUUUUUGUUUCUUUAGACAUCCGCAUUUAUGUGCAUUUAAGUGCAUAUAAGAAGCAUAAUUCGUUUUACUAACUCUUAUUGAAGUUGUAUGUUUUGUGUUUUAUUUAACACCACUUACAUGUACUUUAAACUCUUAAAUGCUAUUCUGUUCAUUUGUUGAACAAAGGAUUAUAAUAAAGCGUAUGCGGACAAAUG